GAAUCGCUGGCGGCGCAGAAGCCGUCGCGCAUCCGCCGCCGACGACUCGCUGCCCGCCACACGAUACAUCGAUACGAUAAAUCGCCAGUCAGUGUGUUCCAGUGCGUGUGGGGACGUGCAUCGUUGCGACUCGCGGGACGGUACCUUUGUCUGUAUUUCCAAGCAAACUUCUCACUAAUAUGAGCGCCCUCAAUGUCCUUCUACAAGCAGCAGAGUUCAUAGAGCGACGAGAAAGAGAAGCCGAGCAUGGUUACGCGUCGACCGUGCGGAUCCCCGACGACCUCAGGAGCGCUUCGAAGAGGCCAAAGAACAAGAAAUCUCAGGGCAAUAGGACAUCCCACAACGAACUGGAGAAAAAUAGGCGUGCACAUCUGCGAAACUGCUUAGAGAUACUUAAGGAAAUAGUACCGCUGGGCCCCGAAGCAUCUAGACACACUACACUAGGACUUUUAACGAAGGCUAAAAGGUUUAUUAAGAAUCUUGAAGACAAAGAACGUAAACACUCGACGCACAAAGAACAGCUGAAUCGGGAGCAGAGAUUUCUUAGGCGGCGACUGGAACAGCUAUCCCAGAGUUAUGCGUUGUCAAAAAGGCGCUCCCUGUCGGAGUGCUCAUCAUCGACGGUUUCCAGCAACCACUCCACGGCGUCACUUUCGUCGGCGCCAUCACCUAUUUCCGAAUCGGACGAAGUGGACGUCAUCGGCUACACGAGCACCCAGAGCGACACAGACGACCACUCCAGCGUCCAGUCGACGUCCAGCGACAGCGGGGUGGCAAUGUCGACCAGCCGCCUUACGUUAUCCGAGAUGGACGUCAUGGACGUGCUGUAGACGACCGAUAGACGGACGUGCCCGGGCUGCAGACGCGCCUCCAGCCAGUAUAUAGAUAGCCUUGAUGGCACCCGCGCGACGUGUCUGCCCUAGUCAACGAACACAUCUCUGUCUGUCUAUCUGUCUGUGCGCCACCUCCAAAUUAUCAUCGUAUUCACAAUAUAAAUUAUUAUUUAUGUACAUUGUAAAUAUUUUAAAUCUAAAUCAGAGUAUGAAUAGUGUUAUUAUUACCGAGGCGACCUGACUGCCUGCGGGCCGCGCGCGCGUUUUCUUAUACCUCGUUCUCACUAAUCGACCCCUACACGUUUCUUACCACUUCUGUUUUUCGUUUACCAUUGACCAUUCGAGAAGGCCCUCGAGAGGGCGCCCAAGCACCGGCCAUUCGAACAGGGAUUCGGAAGCUUCUAACGGAAAACGUUCAUCGAAGUCUCCCAGUUGACCUGGGUACGACCUUUUCCUUCGUCUGGGACAUAUCUUGAUUCACAAGCACCGACAUACCAAGAUUAAGGAGGGACUACCGCGAAAGGUUUUCUGGAAGAAUUUUUCUUGUCAGUCGAGGUUUUCGGUCAUGAACAAGCUAGCAAGAACGGAAGCUUCUGGGGAUAUUCUAACAGAAAACCUUCACGGGAGUCUCUCAGGAGGACGUUCAUUAAGGAGAAGUGGUUACCAGGAGACUUCCACGAAGAGUUUUCUGGUUGACUUUUCCGGAUCGAGGUUUUCGCUCAUGAAACUUUCGUAGGAGUCUCCCAGUUCGACUGGGAGACUUCCACGUGGAGUUUUCUGUUGUAAUGUUGUUCGUAGUGUGAAAAGUCGGUUUAGUUGUUGCGACGCGUAGAUCGGCGCUAAUUAAGUGAAGGACUCGUUCGACGCAUCAGUAGACGGUUUAGAGUUGGUGAGCUCGGCCAGUUGGGCUCCAGAGAAGUCUGCAGCGCUCGCGUGCCCAUGAGUGCUCCCAGAGCACACAAAAUCAACUCCUUGUGGAGUAAAAACAUAAUAAUUAUAAUUUGUAAAAAGAACAAAUACUGUACAGUGUGUUUAAAGAAGCAAACGAGAGAGGGCGUGGGCGGCGGGCCAUCCCCUUGUCAGAUCUCGGGCCCGUCGUCGCUCCAACAUCUGAUAGCAUUCAAAGAGUACAAAUUCUUAUACGCCUCCGCCCUUACGGAUGGGGGUUUUAUAUUUUAUAAGCCGUGGACGGGUCCCGGUGUUCCUGCGACCCGUCUCCGCAGAACUGAGCCUCUUUUGAUUAGGCGUGAAUGUGCAUUGCGUGUUUGGGAGAUUGACAGGUGAUUGCACGGUGUUGUUAUUAUGUGAGCGUCGAGGUGCGUCGGCGCAGUCGCCUCCGGGUCCUCCAUGACUAUAUCCACUUAUUUUUGUAAAGUACUCAAGUUCGAGGUAGUCUGUCCGUACUGUCGCGCCCGGCGACUGCAGCGCCACCUCGCCGCGUUUUCUAUAAAUGUCCGCUUCUCUUAGCCAACAGUCGCAAUCUAUAGGAUUCUUUCAAUGUCUGUUUACUUAUACAUCAAAAUGCUUUUUUGCAAAACAUAAUAAUAUGAAUGUAUAUUACUGAUCACUUGUGUUAUCUGACUGACGUGGUGGCAGCAAUAUGAAUUGAUACAGUGUUGAAUAUUGCCACAUCCGAGUCGAUACUUGAAUGUCUAUACGUGUCUCUUAGAUAAGUUAGGGUGUAGGUAAUUCCCACCUUCAAGACAUCUUGCUGCUUUAUGUUUAGGACAGUCGCUUCCCUCCUGAGGUCGCGCGCCGACACCCUCUCGAAUGACCUCUCUUGUAUGUACCUGCCGGCACAAAAAUACGAUAUUAUGAGCGAGACGUGUGUUUGUUUACUCUCGUUACAUUCGAGACUCGUGCACAACUCUUCUUCACGUUAGAACCAUUCCAUUUUGUGCCCAAUACAUUCGAGAGGCGUGUCGGGACGCCAUCGAAACCUAGUUAUUAGAUCAGCACUCCUGUCACCUGCAUCAACUCUUCAUUGGUUGUAUGAGAUAAUUAAUUGUACAUAAAUACUUGUAACUAUUCAUAUUGCAUUGUUCUUAUGUUUUAUCAUUAUUUUUCAAUUAUAUACAAAUAAAAAUUUGUGUACUAUUA